AUGGAUAUGAAAAGAACUAAAAAGUCAGCCCUUAAACUUAGAAGGAAGAAGAGCAAGACAGAUCCUACCCCCAGUGGAGGAAAUACACCAAGAACAAGGACAGCAAUAGCUAAAGAAGCAGUAGCUAAGGCAGCAAGGGAGGCUCUAGAAGCUGUAGCUAAAGCUUCUGCAGCAGCUGAAGCUGUAGCUGCUGCAGAGAGAGAAGUCCUAGAUGUGGCGCCAAUUGAGGUUGAGCAUGCACCACCUUCAACCACUGCAGCAACCAGAAGAAAUCUCUACUGGAUCUACAAGUUGUGA